AUGUUCAAGAUUGCUAUCAAGGAUCAGACUAGUAGACUAUCGUGAGUCAGAGAAACCCAAAUUAGAAAUUGUAUCAGUGCCAAUCCAUUCAAAUUAACCUUGGUAAACAAAUAUUGCCUAGCCCAAACCAGUGAUGCUAUGAGGGACUUAGGAGUCAAAAUCAGGCCACAGGCUUAUAACGUUAGUCUAAUAUACACAACUGGAAGUAAUGUAUAUGAAAGGGAUGAUGUUCAAUAACUGCUUGACACAGCAAAGGCAAUCUAGAUUUCCUUGGAUUCACAAUCAUCCUGACUAGCAAUUCAGCACCACAACAACCGUGCUGGUGGGCUGGCCAUCAUUUUAUCUUCUCUGCCAUGUCUGGACCACACAGCCUAGCAUUUCAUACAGGGAUAGCCCCAGGGAUGAGAAGGCUGUAGGCAAAGUGGCAUCUAGAUUUUCCUCAGUUGGUCUGCCCUAUCAGGCCUGCUUGGUGGCUGCAGCACUCUGGUCAGUACUUGAAGCAGGAUCAAGUGCCUGAGUCUUUCUGCAUUUUAACUUCCCACAAUGCUCCAGAGUGAUACUGCAUCAGGGAGAUUGUAGGAAAUUAAUAUGUCAGUGAAAUCCAACCAUCCAGCACUGCAAAGAGCAGGCAUAGGCAAACUCGGCCCUCCAGAUGUUUUGGAACUACAACUCCCAUCAUCCCUUGCUAACAGGACCAGUGGUGAGGGAUGAUGGGAGUUGUAGUCCCAAAACAUCUGGAGGGCUGAGUUUGCCUAUGCCUAGCAAAGAGCAUCAAGCAAUUUUCUUUUUUUAAUGUGGGGCUCAGGGCAAGUGGCAGCAGUAGGUCCUGCUGGAGCACUGGGGCCAUAGCAAUUUCCCAGUAUUGGGUACCCAGCAAGUAUUGAUACCCACCCUGAAUUCAUAGGCCCUGGCUCUCUCCCCACUCACCAUUUGAACGAGCACUUGCUAUAUAUCUAUGUAUAAUAAGAUCUCUAUCCGAUCAAUCAAUCAAUCAAUCAUUAGAUAGAACGUCAAUAAUAUAUACCUUGUGUGCAGAUCCCUCUAAAGUCCAGUAGUUUAACCUAUGCAUGUUUCACUAGACAUAUAUGUCAUUUGAAACACAGAAGCUCUCACGGAGUAAGCGAAUGGGCCAAACAAAUAAUCUCAGUAUUUAUCUUGGCUUUAGUUGAGCUAGCAGAGGGGGGAGCAUUUGGAUAGGUUUCUAUUCUGCAGCUAAGAAUCUCCUGGCAGCAUCUAUGAGAAGCACAGACAACAGCAGCCAAGGAAAGAACAGUGGAAACAUGCUUAAAUCCCAUAUAAUAAAAUGCAGAUGUAUGAGAAGAAUCUUAAGCAGUCGUUACUUCAUAGUUCAUAUUUAUUCCAAGUCACUGCUAGGAAUGGCUACCCCUGGAAAGGAUGCCUUCCUCUUAUGCUUUGCUGUCCUUAUUAAUGGAUCUGAACUGUUCACACAUGGAUCUAAGAUUCCCCAGAAUGCUUGAGUGCUAGAAGUCAAGGUCAUUUGGGCAAAUACAGUACUGUAUUUGUCUUUUUCUUGGUAGGCGAAGGCAGAACUUCAAUACUUGAGCCAUCUGGUGCUACAGCUCACAUACUCAAUGACCGGUGUGCAGUGGACCUCACCAAGUUCUGCAUUUUUUCAGUGGGGUUUUAAUAUAGAUUUUGUUUGAGGUGGUUGUGGAAGAACCUAAUCAAGACUUGAACUUGAUCAGCAUAUUCCACAUUGGAGCACAUUCUCGUUCCAAAAUUGUUUAAAAUAGCUGCAUUGUUUUUGAUACUGAUGAUAAAAGGAUAGAUAAACAAUGGUGCUUUUCACGUUGCACAAAUAGUUUUAACUCAUGUGUCCAUGAUGGUCAGUCUUAGGGAUGAAAAACCUUCUCUCAUUAGUUUAUUCAUCUUCUCCAAGGCAUAUGCUCAAAGUCCACUAUUUUACCCAAAGUGCAUCAGUUUCCUUGUGAAACGUUACCAUUUCACUGGAGGCAAUUUACAGCAGACAAGUUUCUUCCAACUAUGAUAUAAACAUAUCUGGCAUAGGAGAUGUAGUGAAAUGAAGAAGGAACAGGCUUAGAGUUCAUUUGCUUUGCAGAUUGCAACCCUCGUCUCCAAUGUAUGUUUUUCCCAUCAGUAUUAAGAUGGGAUGAUGGCCAUUUCUUCUUUUUUGUUGGCAAUAGCAAUGAGUAGCAAUAGCAAUGAGUACACUCAUAGAAGUUACGAUUUUUAUCUUUAUUUCCUUCCAUGUUGGUUUAUAUUAAAAUCAAUAUAGUGGAACACAACCUUGCUUUUGUUUCUUCUCCAUGGCUUCUGUUACCAUUGACUAUGAUAUCCUCCUGGCUCCAUGGAAUGGAAAUUGUAGCCCUUGUGUUACAGUAGUUCUGUUCCUAUCUAAGGGACCAAGUCCAGAAAGUAGCACUUGGGGAGUACUUUUUGGGCCCCACGCAGUUACUACCCUCAAUUCUGUUUAGUAUCUUCAUGAAGGUGCUGAGAAUUGUCACCAGGAGUUUGAAGCAAGGUGUCACUCUAUUUCAUCACAACUUCUGGAUCAGGAGAGGCAGGGUGCAAUGUUGGGAUGGAUGAGGGGAAAUUGGCAGGGCUUGACUCCUGGUAAGAUGGGUGGGUGAGGGGGUCCCAUGUUCAAGAAGUUGGUCAGUUGUGUGCCCUGAACACAGUUGCAAUUGCCCUGAAGGAGCAGAUAUGCAGUUUGGUAGUGGUUUUGGAUUCUUCUCUGUCACUGGAGGCCCAGGUAGCCUCAGUGGCGAGAAUUGCCUUUUAGCAGCCAGCCACUGACCUGCAAUCCGCCGCAUGUAACAAAAAUUUCCAAAAUGUUCAUAAACUUGCCUGUUGCAGCUGAACUAGAGCUCAAUGCUUCACCAGAUUCUGGGUAAAUAUAGACAACCGUUUAGCAAGCAAUUGGUGUCCCUGAGAAGCAACCAUCUAGAAAGGUUAUUAAGAAAAAGUCUUCUUUGAAAGAAAAGGAUGCCAGAAUUUAUUGCCCCUGACAAAGUUAUUAAACCAAAUAUUGUUUUAAUUAUGAACACUUCAGUGCUGCUAUUCUACCCUGAGUUUCCACCCCCCCCCCAAAUGUAUAUUGUGCUUACUUACUUACCUUAGCCCCGUGGGCUGAAAUCCCCAGAAAAGCAGCCACAGUGUUUCUGUAUCUUUUCUGCAAUUCAUUGACCUAAUACAGUUUCUUUGGAGAGUUGGACAUUUGCAGUUGCAACUAAUACAAGAUUCUGAACGAAAGAAUUUUGAUACCAUGGUUCUAAAAUCAAAGAAUCCUCUUUCAAAAUGCAGGCUCAUUAAAACAAGACAAGUGUCCAGGAAAACAAUGAUGUGUGAAUUGUUCAACAGUACAUACAAAAUGAAGAUGGUGCUGACAGAAAUGAAUCCACAUUUUACAAGGCAUAUUGUGGGGGGGGGGGACAGCUUGCUUAGGCUAAAUGUUGUCACAUAUGCAUUUGGAAAUUGUGAAGAGUGUACUGUGUGACUUUAUUUCCAUGAUGAUAAACUUCCCAAGCCACGUUGCUGGACACUCAUGGAGAAGUGAUUCAGUGCCCCUUGAAUUAGAACAGAGAUCUGAAUAUGGAUUUUCUGAUUCUCAAUAAAUUUCUGCAGAAAGGGUCAAGUUGCUAGGCUUUAGGGAGUUAAACAUCAUAGAAAUAAAGUCACAAGAUAGUCUUCACAUUUUCCAAAUGCAAACUUUUUUUGUGAAAACAUGUUUUUUUUCACCUCCAAGCCAUUUCAUGGAGGGCAGACAGUCAUCAUCAUCCUGCUCAAAUCCUGGUGAUUCUUAUCUCAUGAGUUGCACAAUGGAAAAGAACAACCUUAACAUGAAUAUACAAACAAAAACUGAUUUGUCUUUGAUGUCCCCUUAUGCUUCAUCUCCUUCCUUUUAUGCAGACGUUUCUUUUAUUCAGGGUGUUUUGUUUUCUUAUGUAUGGUGUGGAGAAGGUGGCUAGAGAAAAGUUCUCUCUCUUUCAUUGUUCUAGAUCUGGAAGCUGAAUGCUGGAAAAGUCAGGAACCACAAUCCUUGUCUUUGUGGGUAGUAUGAAGCAGUCUCUUUCCCAUCCAUGUUCAUUCUUGGGUAUUGGUAUUUAGGCAACACGUUUUCUGUUGAACCUCGGUUAAUGUGAAGCAGCUCUGACGUAGCAAUGUUCAGAUGUGUUGGCCGACAGAGACACAGAGAUGCAAUCUAUAAUAAGUUGAGCCUGAGCUGUAAACAACUCGUGAAAUACUUAAGUUAUCACAUAAAGUAGAAUUGUUGGGAGCGCAAGCCUUAUGCUUGAUUUUGAGGCUCAUUAAAAGUUUUUGGUCUCAUUAAAGUACAUAUUUCAAUCUCAUUAAAAAGUUAACGUUUGGGGCUGGCAGCUGUGAUGAGGCAGAUGGCACCAUAAAAAGAAAAAAGAAAAGAGAAGGCUAUACCUCAGAUUCUGAAGAACGUGGUUAAAGAGCUAGCUGGCUCCACAUCACUCAAGCAGGAAGUCUUUAGCUUCAAUGCAGUGGCUGAAUUGAAAGACUUAGGAAUUGGGAGAACUCUGGAAGAGAAGCACUGCUCUUGCCCAACUAUCUAUGCAUUCUUCUGAUUCUUUCUGGCUUUCUGAACAGUAGUUCCUUUUUCUUUUCUUCAGUGAACAUUUUCUCUGGUUGUUUGCUGUGUCCCAAAUGCUUUGCUGUGGAGAUCCGAUUUGUUCAGUCCCUCCUAAUGUUUCCAUUUGCUUUUCUGUCAGUGUUUAUAUAGGCAUGUUCAUUUCCCCCCUCCAAUUUCUCUCAUUUUAAGAAAUUUCCCCCAAUUUCUUGUAUUUGAUUUUUUUAGAUCAGUGGCAAGUGGUGUCUGCCACUGUCCUCAGAUAUCAGUGUCCUCUAAGUCCCUCCAGCCAGAAUGGCCAAUGAUGAGAGUUGUAAUCUAAGAACAUCUUCUGGGCCAGAGGUUCAACACUCCUGUUUAGAUUUUAAACACAUGGAGAAGACCUUAGUUUUAAAUUUCUGUGCAGAAUGUAGUUGUGUUAGGCAUAUAAUAAGUAAUAAUAUUUUAGCUCCUGUAUUUAAUAUUUUAGCUUCCAAGGAAGGAAACCUACAAAUAAUUUUGUAACACUAAGAAGUCAUGGUGAACAACAUGAUAGUAAACUGGUUGAUUUCUCCUUUGUGACAACAUAAAGUCUUGCAUACUCCAACCUUACAGUGUCUUAAUUUCCCCUGCUUCUUUUAUUUAGUGCCAACAACAUGCCAAAGCAGGUAGAAGUGCGAAUGCAUGAAAGCCACCUGAGUCCAGUGGAGGCUCGGAAGAAGAACAUAUGUGUGCGGUUCUGCCUUUCGCUCAGAAAAAAUCUGCUCCUUUCACUUACGGUAUUUGGUAAGUAAAAUUCUCUGCUUCAUGAAGGUAAUUCUUUUUUGCAGCUGGAUUGUUUCCUCUUAUAAUCCUAUACAGUGGUACCUCGGGUUACAGACGCUUCAGGUUACAAACACUUCAGGUUACAGACUCCGCUAACCCGGAAGUAGUACCUCGGGUUAAGAACUUUGCCCCAGGAUGAGAACAGAAAUUGCGUGGCGGCAGCGGGAGGCCCCAUUAGCUAAAGUGGUACCUCAGGUUAAGAACGGACCUGUGGAAUGAAUUAAGUUCGUAACCAGAGGUACCACUGUACCUCCCUUUCUGUUAUCAUUACAGUGGUGCAGCCAGUGGCGGAGCAAGGUGAUCGAGCGUCUGGGGCCGCAUGUGUAUCCUGCUCCCAGGGGCAUGGCCAGCUACCUGUGGGGUGGGGUGAGCCGGGGCCUCUGGAGUCUGCCUGCCUCCUCCCACUCAGCCGCCCUACAGCUGAGGGGGAGGCAGUGGGUGGACCGUUUGAGCAGCGUUGGAGCCUGCGCAUGCCCAAGCCACCGUGUCUCUCCCGGGGGAGAUGCAUGGCUUGGGCACACUGCGGGCCCCACGGUGAGUGCCACCUGGCAUUUUGUCACCCCCUCAGUGGUGACACCCGGGGCAGACCGCCUCCACCGCACCCCCUUCCUCUGCCCCUGGGCGCAGCUAGUUAAUUUUGGACCCUGGAUGUUAUGGUCUUUCAGGGUGGGAGCUUUAGAUGGCUAUGUGUAUAACUUCAGUUGUGAAGCACACCAUUAGCAUUUUUCUUUUCCUCUUUGCUCCCACACCUCUGGUCCAUGCUUGUAGCAGAUGUAGAAGCAGUUACGUUAGAGCCAAAAAUAAUUGGGGGGAGGGAGCAAAAGAAAAAAAAAAAGUUGGCAAGCCUGGUAAAAAAGAAAGGAAGAAAUACUCUGAGUGUGUGCAGUUUCAGUUUUUUAAUUCACAUAAAUCUUAGCACCAUUACGACUAAUGAAAUAAAAUGAGGUAUACUGUACUUCUGAUGCAUUUAUUUGGGAAUAAACAUCAUUUUGUGGUAGAAAAUCAGGACUAUUCCAGUCAUAAGGCAGAAUAAGACAAUUUUCUCCAGUGGUGGGUUUCCCUGGGAUGCUUACUUCCCACAUUAUUACCCGCAACACAAGACAAGGCUCUCCUCCACCACUGUCAAUUCCAUAUUCUCCUUCCUGCCUCACAUCACUUUGCGAAAGGACACAGAAUAGGAACUUCUUCAGAACUGAGGCAUUCUGGGUGAGAUGGCUAGGAGAAUGUUUGCACUGCUGCCACAGUUUGGUAGAUUUUCUUAAAAAUAUAUUAAAAAAACACAAAUUCAGAGGUUACAAAGCUACCUGCUGCAGAAAACUAGGAUGGCGUUAGCAGGCUUUUGCCCAGAAGGCCAGACUCUGAAGAAGGAUCCCCACUGAAAGUGCUGUUGUGGUAGCAGGACCUGUUGAGUUGCUAACUCAACAACUUAGUUGAAUCCAGACCAUGGUUUCUAAGUGCCUCAUGGACAUGGCUGGAAGGGAUGUUUGGUGGAGAGAGAAUGAACACUAUCGAAACUGAGUGUAUAUGGGGUAUGAAAGAAGGAUGUCAAUCUUUACCUCCGUUAGUAAGAGAUGGAGAGGAGAUGCAGAUGAUUGCUGGGAGGGUAGCCUGCCACAAGCAAGAGGUUUGGUUACCAUCUAAUGCAUUCAAAGUUAAUUAUGUUGGACCUCUGUGGAAUGCUUUUUUUUUUAAUGGCAAUCUCCCCCCACCCCAUUUUAUCACUGUGUUAGGUAUUAUUCUCCCUGCUGUUCAGUUUUAAGCUGUUAAACUAGGGUAGUUUAUUUGUAUUGUUUAUGCAAAGACUGAUUUAUUUAUUUAUUACAAUUACUUAUUAUUAGUUCCUGAAUCAUUCUUUUCUAAUUAUUUCUGUUUAAAAAUUGUUAUAUUUGUUAAUCUGAUAUCUUGUGAGCUUCAUUGGGAUCAAUUUUGUGGGAAAGUGGCAUACAGUAAGACCAAUAAUGGUGAUGUUUAAGUGUCCCAGGGCCAUGACAGGAUUUGAGAUUGGCUGCCUUCUCACUCUCAUAGGCCACCAGCUUAACAUCACAGCCUAGAUGAGCAGCCCUGGAAAUACUGGGUGGAAUUCAGCAUUGCACUAAGGAGAUGAACACAAGCAUUUUUACUUGCCCAAUGGAGUGAUCUGCCCUCUCCUCCCUCUGCAUGUUGAUCAAAGCAUUCUCCUAACCCUCCUAAGCAGAUUUCGGGUGGGCACAGGGGGACUCAUGGUGCUGGCUUUUGCUAGCCCAACAACUUAGUUGAAUUUGGCCCAUAGAUUAGAAAUGUAAACCCCUGUUCUUGUUUCAGAGGAAUCCUAUAGUGGAACAGGCCAUGCUGGGCAUCAAAAUUCAAAUACUUUUUCUGUUCUCUAGGAAAUUCAAUUUAGUUCAUUUCACCAGGGCUGAAGAUGGAGGCAAGGGAGAGAUCUCUCUCCUGUCAGGAGAAAGGAGGAAGAAAAGAAAUUUAUCCCUGGUCUUUCCUCCCCUUACAAGCUGCUGAUACUUUUUAGCUCGCUCUUUUGCUGUGCACUAGGGACUAGGCCAGUGAUACAGUGAUCUAGUUUUCUCAAUUGCCUUCUGGGUAUCGCAGCUUCCAAAUAUGGAGCAGUUUGACAUUUUAGUGUGGUUCACUGGCUUCAUGCCCAGGCUUACUAGAUUGUUUUUUCUUUUUUCUUUUAAUGUUACAGUACAGUGAGCCUAACAGCCAAAUGCAUGGCCUUCACAGAGCCUGCCUUUAUUCACUUCAGCUUGAAUGGACAGCUGUGCUGUUAGAAGAGAAGGCUGUGUAGAUAGCCUGAACUAAAUAUAUUCCUGUCCUGAAAGAUUUUGAAAUGGUGUAUUUAUUUUGACAUCAGCUCUUGGCUCAGAUUGAUAGUUGUGAGAUAUCUGUGAGCCUUUCCCAGCAGGAUCCCACAACAAUUAUUUUUGGUUAGAUUAAAGCUGCACCCUGGGAAAUCUACGCACCACUCUAAUGAUGGAUAGCCCUGUUGCGGAGGCUGCUGCAUUUUGAGCCUGUGAAGGAGGGGUAUAGAAAUCACAGGCACAAAAUUCAGUUUUUCAGAAAUUGUCUGAGGGUGCAUGAGUUUGCUACCUUAUUGAAGCUAAGGGUGCUGCCAGAUGGAGUUGUGACUGUAUAUGUGAGAUCAGUGCUCCUCAUGCAUGCAUGAGUUACUGAUAUCACAAUAAAAAAUUUAAAAAUUAUCCAGUAGCACCUUAGAGACCAAGUAAGUUUGUUCUGGGUAUAAGCUUUUGUGUGGGUGCAUACACAUGAAAGCUCCAUACCCAGAACAAACUUAGUUGGUCUCUAAGAUGCUACUGGACAAAAAAAAAUUCUGACUGCAUCAGACCAACAUGGCUACCUACCUGAAUCUGAUAUCACAAUGACAGCCCAUGUUUUUCCUCAUUUCAUUCAGAUUUAACUGUCUUCUUAUUCAAAAUCCAAUAAUAUUCGAGGGAGCUUGCCUCAUACCAAGUCCGACAAUUGAUCUAUAUAACUCAGUACUGUCAACUUGGGGACGCAGGUGGCGCUGUGGGUUAAACCACAGAGCCUAGGACUUGCCAAUCAGAAGGUCAGUGGUUCGAAUCCCCGCGACGGGGUGAGCUCCUGUUGCUCGGUCCCUGCUCCUGCCAACCUAGCAGUUUGAAAGCACGUCAAAGUGCAAGUAGAUGAAUAGGUACCACUCCGGUGGGAAGGUAAACGGCAUUUCCGUGCGCUGCUCUGCUUCACCAGAAGCGGCUUAGUCAUGCUGGCCACAUGACCCGGAAGCUGUACGCCGGUUCCCUCGGCCAUUAAAGCAAGAUGAGCGCCACAACCCUAGAGUCUGCCACGACUGGACCUAAUGGUCAGGGGUCCCUUUACCAUCUACUCUGGCUGACAGUGGCUCUCCACCAUUCCCAGCCCUACCUGGAAAUGGUAGGGAUUGAACUUGGGACAAUGAUCUUCCACUGAGCUACAAUUCUUUCUCCAACUCAAUGUUCUGGUCACUACUAGACUCUGGGGCCAUGGCACCCCCACUCAUCUCCUCUUCAUUUCAAUGUCCUCUGAGCAAUAACACAGGAGGCUGUGAAUGAGCCGGGCCAUUGGUCCAUCUAGCUCAAUAUUGUUUACACUAACAGGCAGCAGCUCUUCAAGAUGUCAGGUGGAGUCUCUCCCAGUUCCUAUCUGGGGACAGCAGGGACUUAAACUGAGACCUUUUGAAUGCAAAGAUACCCUGCCACUGAGCUAAGGCUCUUCCCAUCUGGUAUUUUCUCAUUCACCCCUAUUGGAACCAUGGCCUAGGAAAGGGUAUUGCUUUUAUUUAUGACCGUCAUUUUCCCUACUGCUGUGUAAAAUCCCUAGAAAAUGUACAUUUUCUGGAAGUCCUCUGUGUAUAUAGUUAGUUCCUGGGUCAAGGGGAAGUAAUUGAAGAGGGAGCUUCCUGUAGAGGUAAGUGAAAGCAGGAAGCCAGGGUCUCCCUGGCUGGAAAAGAAAAAGCUGUUCAUGUGACCUUUCAUCUCAGAUAGCUCCCUUUUUCCUCAGCUCAUAUAAAUAGACACUGCUGGUUGCUAUACAACCUUCUGGUUUAGCCACAUUGGAAUGCUUGCCAUUAUGGUUGGACAGAAUAAUAUAAAUAGCUAUUAAGAGGAAGAUGGAAUUGGUAAUUUUAGGAGGACACUGAAGGCUGAACACCUACCCAGUCACGCAGUGCACUCCUAUAUGUCCACCCAGAAAUAAGCUCCACUGUGUUCAGUUUUCCAGCUGUAUAUAGGAUUGCUUUAUCCUCAAGUACCUGGAGGUGAUUUCUCUGAGGUGGUCAGAAGUGACUGGUGUCACUCCUUGGGACUGUUAGGAUGGAAGGCAGGGAGACCAAUAGUAAGUGGAGCCAGAGCCAAUAAAAGACAGUCAACUGAUUGUAAUUUUAUCCCCAUCCUCCUCACUGCGGAUUUCUGGAGGAGAAAGCAAAGUUAGCCAAAGUUGUGUGCCCCUCAGAUGUUUUGGUCUACAAAACAUCAGCCUCAACCAAAAUGGCCAUUGGAGAGGGAUAGUGAGAGUCCACAACAUUCAGGGUUAGCCGGGAUUGACUGUUGGUGAGUGGACCUGAGUGAAGCCUCCCUCCCUCAGGUCCGCUCGCCAAGCCAUGCCCCCUUGAGGCCACUGUGGAUUAGCUCAUUUGAAUCAGUGGGCUUGACGAGGACCCGUGAGCCUCUGCAGAGGCCGAGGGGGACGUGCUGCACACAAAAUGGACCGUUGUGUCCGGGCAGCAAGGGAGGGAAGGCUGCAACCACCGCUCACCGAGGAGGAUCGGUAAGCGGCCAUUAUUGGCACAGCUAGCUCUGGUCCAAAACUGUGUUUUGACAGGAUUAUUCUAUUAUGUGGUGAAUUGAAACUCAAUUACUCAAAUCCUUUCUUCUGUGCCCUCCCUUUCUUAUCCAGGUGUCAUCAUGGGCGCAUUGUGUGGGGCACUUCUUCGCAUGGCAGCACCUAUUAAUCCUGAUGUCAUCAUGUUGAUAGCCUUCCCAGGAGAUAUCCUGAUGCGGAUGCUAAAAAUGUUGAUUCUUCCUUUAAUUAUUUCAAGCUUAAUCACAGGUGAGAUCUGUUCUAAACAAUUAGAAGGUUAAUCUUUUGUGAGAGAUUAAGACCUAUAGAGUCAUGUUCACAGCUUUAUACACUCUCAUAACAGUGUGUGUGUUCUUCAUAUUAGUGUACCGGCAUUAGCCUUGAAAAUUGUCUCCAAAACACCACUAAGUAACUCCUUGUGCAAGAGGAACAACUUCUGCUUGUGCAACAGGACUUUCUCCUUCCCCUCACUCUGUGCACUUGCUAAAUCUUUUCUGAAGCUCCUCCCAACUCUCCAGAGUUGGAAAAAACUCCAAAGUCCGCAGUUGUGUACUACCUUUAUUAAGAUCAAUUGAAAGGAUUGCAAAAUUUUGGCAAGCUUUUGAGUUUGCCAGAACACUUCAUCAGGCAAGAUGUUACACAAAUAUGUUACAUCUAGACAUCAGGGUUAUAAGUCGGGAUUUAUUUUCUCAAGAAGAGUGAAAGCAGCCAUUGAUUCUUUCUCCCAGAAUCUUCAGUGUGUAACCUUAUGGAUGUAGUACCUGUGCGGGACUUACUCAGCCUGUGAUCUCCAUCUUAGAACUGUGUGCAAGCUGACCUCAUGGUUUUAAUAGCCAGAGUAAUUGUUCUACUUUGUUGUUGUUUUCCUCUUCCCAUCACUCCCUGCCUGAUGUUUUCAUAUGCGUCCAAACUGCAGAACAACAUCUUUAACUCACCACAAUGCAUUUUUAUACAGGUCUGUCUGGCUUGGAUGCCAAGGCUAGCGGUCGGUUAGGUACAAGAGCUAUGGUUUACUAUAUGUCCACGACGAUCAUUGCUGCUAUAUUGGGAGUUAUUCUGGUCUUAGCCAUUCACCCAGGCAAUCCAAAGCUCAAGAAACAGCUGGGAGAAGGAAAGAAGAAUGACGAAGUGUCCAGCCUUGAUGCUUUCUUGGAUCUUAUCCGAAACUUGUUCCCAGAAAACCUCGUACAAGCAUGCUUUCAGCAGGUGAAUGUCAAACCUUUGCCUCCCACUAAUAUCCUGUGUGUGAAAACCAUGACACUAAAAAAAGAACUGAAGAAACUAAAACUAGAUUUGCAGCUGUAAAUUUAGCUUGUUUUAUACUUAUCAGUACAAAAUAACAAAUAUCAGUGCUUCUACUGAGUUCCUCAUUCUUUGCACUGUUCAGUUUGCAUUGUAGUUUAUUUUAGUGCUUCAUUCUUGAUAAAAACAUUCUUCAGUUUUUUCUUUACUACUCCAUAUAGCUUCAGAAUUUAUUUUUGUUUCCCUGCAGCUUUAAAAGUCUGUCUUUUGUGUGGAAGGAGAGGAGAAGCACAGAAAUACUUUUGAUUUCCAUGCCAUUUGCCGAGCUUUUCAAUUAAAGAUUUUCCGUCAAUGAACAUGCGCUCUGAACUAAUUUGCCUGGUUUUAAUUAAAGUCAGUUAAGCUUAAUAUGAUUAGCUUUGAUUGGAUCCAGACCUGCCCUAUCACUAGGCAGAGUGAGGCAGCCAAUUCUGAGCAUCGUGGAAGGGCAGCAUAUUGCUAAUGAUCUAAUUUAUGAUUAUUGUGUUUGUAUUGCCAGACUGGAGGUGAAGUGUUUGUGAGGGUUUUUUUCUGCCUUAGGUAACUAAAUAACUUCACAGGUCUGGUGUACUUGGAGGGCAGGCAGGCCCAGUUGCUUCCCGGGCAGCAAAAUGUCUUGGGCCAUACAUAUCUGACCAGAGCAUGCUUUAUAUUUUACUCCACACAGACAUUUAUUUUUCAUGUAUUUCAGUUAACAGGGCUGGGAAUACGGUAUAUUCUUAUUAUUUUUAUUAUUAUUUUUUAAAAAAAAUAAUUUCAUUUAUAAAGAAAUAAAGUGAUAAGAGAAAAAGAAACGAAGGGUUUGGAAAAUAAAACUGCAGAAAGUACAGUGUAAUACAAUUAGUAAAAUCAAUUACAUUUCCACAUAUUGGUAUAUAGAUAUAAACAAUAUUAGUAUCUUACUACAUAUGUGGUUAUUAAUAGCCUACUGCAUUCUGUAUAAACUCAUAACAAAUGUCAAUAUGUUCAUCCAGACAAAGCCUGUGUCUAUAAGCAAUCCAUUCAUAAGUUGUGAGUGUUGUCAGGUUGUCAAUCCAUUGAUUAAAAGGGAUCAUAUCUUUAUUCUUCCAAUUCAUCACUAUCAGUCUCUUAGCCAGCAUUAGGGCACAUGGAAUUCAUUUUUGUUGUCCCAUUCUCUGCUUCCAUUUAAUAGGAAUAUAAUUUAAAAGAAUGUUCUCUGAAUUUUUUAAACUUUUUCCGUACAAUCAUAUUUAUAUAGUCCAGCACUUUCUCCCAGAAGUUAGUAAUUAUAGAACACUGUAAAGACAUAAAGAGGCAUAAUCCUUAUUUCAUCUCCAGCAAAUAACCACUUUAGGCCUGGGGAUAUAUUAUAAUUAUUCGUACAGAAAUAUCUGUAAAAUCUGAUGCAUUGAAGGCUGUUUCUAUUCUUCAGCACAUUGCUUAGAGAAUACAAUACCACCGUGGCCACUGUUGCACGGGGGGAAACAAUUUGAUGUCUGGAAGAAAAGUGCCCAAGCAGUCAAAAGUUAUUGGCACUGAGCAAACCUAUGGUGGGUGUAUUCACCUACUUAGGGGUGAGGCAUGUCACAGGGUGAUUGCUGGGGAGGGAAGGAAGUUUUUCCUGCAGUUGCCUAUUCUACUCUUACUAAGUAGAUAAACAUUUCAGGCUGUAGUCAUAUUUCAUCAGAAAAGUAUAUUAACAUGAUUUUUUAAAGGGUGGUAUGAAUGUUAGCCAUGUUGUUCAUGCUUUCAGCUCUACACACAUGUAUGAGCAGCCUUUUUCCUGAAGCUAAAUUAUUUGACAGUUACACAGACCUUUUUUUUUUAAUGAUCCAAGCAAGAUCCACUGCCAAUCCUUUGCUAAGUAUGCCUGAAUGGCACCAUUUAAAGGAUUUUAAGUGCUAUGUUAUCUGAUGUCGUAGCUCUAGGCUGUACCGUGUGGGUGGGGAGCAGAGGAAGGACAGGACCACAUAGGGAGACAGAUGCAAACUGCUGCAGAACUAAGCUAGCUGCAUUUUCCCUCUCUCUUACCUUGCACCCAAGAGCACCUAAAAGCCCGGUCCUAAACUAUGUUUACCAAAAAGUAAAGUUAACAGAUUAUAGUGGGGCUACCUUCCAUGUAAACGUGCUUAGAAUUGUAAUCAAAUCUGAGUAGCUUUAAAGGGCAUGUUUAUUCGAUAUACCAUCAAAAGAAGAGUCAAAUAUGUAGAGGCAGUACGUUCCCAAAAUUAGAACAGCAUGCAUUAAACGCUGAAAUGAACUCUUCCUUUCCAGCUAAUUGUAUUUUACUGAAAGUGAUAACUGGGCCCCUCGAUGGGUAGAAAGCUGAGGAAUGGGAUAGUGGGCUGAAAGGGGAGCAAGUAGCUAACUUACAUUAGCCCCAUCAGUCCUUUUAUCACCCUCCCGGUGCUUAUAAUAUUGAAAGACAUGUUUAUUCACGGUAUCAUCAAAAGGAGAGUCACAUGGGUAGACAGUGUGUUCCAAAAAGUAGAACAAUGUGUGUUCUGUUGCGCUGGUCUCUCCCUUUCCAGUUAAUUGUGCUUAACAGGAUGUGGGAAUCGCCCCCUUGACUGGUAGAAAGCUGAAAGACUGGCUAAAUGGGCUGACUGGGAAGCAAGCUACUAACUUCUUAUAUUGGCACUCUCACUCCUUUUAUAAAUCUCAGGGCGAUUGUAAUGUUAAUGUCUUCUGGCAAGCAGCUCCUUUCAAUUACUUCACUAUUUUUUUGAGCUUUCUUUGUUCAUCGACAGUCACUUCGGUCAAGUAUUUGUUAAGGUUAAGAUGGAUAGAUCAGCUGGUUAAGCACGACACUCUUAGUUUCAAGGUGGUGGGCAUGAGCCCCAUGUUGGGCAAAAGACCACAGUCAUGGACCUAACUUAGACAUGUUUAUUAAUGUCAAUGGGUCUACUCAGAGUAAAAGCUAGCAGAAUACUACUCCCUGCCCACACUGAGUGUCAGCCACGAUCUACAGAAGUGGGGAAAGACAGGCUUGGCCUCGGAUCCAGGUUCUGUCAUGUGGUGGCAUUGGAUGUGAUUGCUGCAGCAGCCAGGGGCGUUCUGAGGCGGGGGCAGCACGCCCGGGGGGUCAUUCCAAAGGGGGGGGAGACAAAAUGCCUACCUCUGAUUGGCGGCACCUCCCAGGGCGUGCGCUGCUCACCGCACGCCCCCCAGGCGUGCACCACGCCCCCCGGGCAGCUCACCACACCCCUGGGACGUGCACCAUGCCUCCCGCGGUGGCGUGCCAUGCCCCCUGGGACGAGCGCCGAUCCGGGUACCAGAGCAGGUUGCUCCGCCUCUGGUGGCAGCUGUAGACUGGCACAACUACCUGUUUCCCCAGCUCCACCUCCAGCCUGCAUGCUUGGCUGGGCUCUGGAUAUGAUGGUUGUCACAACCCCUUCUAUUGGGUUGCGUCUGUGGUAAGGGUUAGAGUUGAGCCGUUAGCUUUCACUGGCAUUUACUCACAGGUCAGCGUGUUUGCAGCCCUAAGCAAGUGGCAGCCCAACAAAUAAAAUUUGCAUUUCGACCCCUUUUUAACUCCAGAAUUUUACUUAUUAAAAUAAAAGAAUCCCUUGCCGUACGUACCAUCUUAUGAACCUUCUUAAGACAGACAUUAGGCCAAAUGGCUAAAUUUCUUUCUUCUGGGCCUAUGAAUUUGCCAUUCUAUACAACCAUGUUUUAUCUGAUCAUGUAUACAAUUUUACCUGUACAUAAGGAAAAGGCUUAUUGGAUCCUUUCUAGGAAAGAUGUUAGAUUCAGCUUGGUGGCCAACAGAGGCCCAUCAUGUGCACUCUUACUGCCAGUCUACACAAUAGCUUUCAUUUCUUACAUUAGUUUUCAUAGUGGUGGCUGCAGAAUCCUGGAGUACUUUCUAGGGUCCCUCAACAAGAAAAACAACUUCCUUGCCUUAUCAGUUCACCUGCAGGGACAGUGAUGUACAACAGGCUCAGUAUUCUGUAUGAACUGAGUGUCACCCUUGAACUCUUCCAAGAAUCCUGUGUCAGCACGAAACCCUCCUUGAAGCUCAAAAAGUUGAGAAUUGUGGUUUUAGAAAAAUCCAAGAAUAACAGUACUUGCCUCCUGCAGGUAGACAUACCUGUCAACAGUGGCAGCCAGUGAGGUCGUUUGUUGGGGGGGGGGAAUACUAUUGCUGGUGGUUGCAAAGCAGUAGAGGGAGAAAGGGAAUUUCCACUUUUACCUUUUGGCACCAGGAACUGGAGGUAGGGAUUGGUCUGGGCCCUAGACAUUUUGUUGCCUGAGGGAAAUGGAAAUGCCACAGCAAGCUGGAUUACAAAUACCCAUUAUUAAGAUAUUUUGACAUGUGAGACUGAAUAUUCUACAAGCAUCUCUCCCUUUCUGAUUGCAGAAAUACAAUAAAAAAAAAUGAAAUAGCUAACCACUUGUUGCCAUUUCAUGAGGGACAGGUGUUUACUCUGUCUAAUGUUAGGGCCAGAUGGUGCAAUUGCUGAAUGGAUAAUUCCUCAGAUUUGAGUGCAGGGUGCUGACGUCAGCAGGGGUAACUCCACUCUGUAACUCUGCACUUGCAUAUGACUGACAGUGGGACUUCCCACCUCCUCCGGUGCCUAAUGGUAAGGCUCUAGCACAACUUUUAAUAUUAUACAGUGGUGCCUCUGGUUACGAACUUAAUUCGUUCUGGAGGUCCGUUCGUAACCUGAAACCGUUCUUAACCUGAGGUACCAUUUUAGCUAAUGAGACCUCCUACUGCCGCCAUGCCGCUGCACGAUUUCUGUUCUCCUCCUGAGGUAAAGUUCUUAACCCGAGGUACUACUUCCAGGAUAGCGGAGUCUGUAACCCGAGUUGUUUGUAACCCGAGGUACCACUGUACUGUGCAAGAGUUAAACUUUGCACUCGCCUUCUGUUGGAUCCCACACAUUGUGGUAGUAGUAGUAGUGAUAACAAUCAUAAUCAUAAUAUACAGUCUUCUAUUUCAAGAAUAAAUGUUUUCCAAAUAGGCUUACGGGGAACUCAAUAGAAGCCAUUGUCUCAAUGAUUUUCAUCACCUGCCUAACAUAGGUAACGGGUAAACAGUUAAAUGGCAAUGUGCCUCUAGGGGAAGGGCUGUAGCUGAGUGGUAGAACUUCUGCUUUGCCUGCUGAGGGUCCCAGGUUCAAGGGCAGGAAUUUACCUUUUCCUCUGUUCCCACAUGAUUUCUGCUAGCAGUUUUACCUAGCAAGCCACUUUAUCAGCUACUUCUGCCUAUCAGCUUUUGAAAAUUCAACAGGGUGAGUUUGACUCAUUCCUAAGGACUUGAUGUCUGCCGGCCCUUUGCCCCAGGAUAAUUGAAGACAAGCAGGUAUGGUUUUGUACCUUUAUUCAAGCCAUCUCCAUAAAGUCAAGAUAGUUAAGAAACUGUGAUACUUGAAGGGUGAGCAAUGAUUGACAACUUACUACAGUGUUUAAUUCUAAACUAUGUGUCUCCCACUUAAUUGGCAAGCAAAGGGAAUAAUUAAGUAAUUAGCAGUUAACUACUUGAAAAUUAAAGUCCUGCUAGACCUUCCUAUAAGACCUUGAAGCUGAACUAUUUAGCAGCUCCAGUAUAGGAAAUAUCUUCAUCCACAAACAAACAAAUCUGCACAGUUUGUUUUCAGAUUGCCUUAAUUUGGUUUGAACUAGCACUUUCUUCCAUUUCCUGUGAUUUUAACAGCUGCAGGUUAAUUAGAAAUUCAGGAGAUACAAUUCCCAUCCCCAUAUAUACAGCAGGAGGAAUUUGAGGCUGGGCUUUUUUAUUCCGGCAAGAUCAAAAUAUCUCCAUUUCCUGCUUGUUUGUGGGCUUCCUGUAGGCAUCUGGUUGGAUGUGAGAACAGGAUAUGGGACAUGGGAUGUGAGAUAUGGGACAUCUGGAUGUGAGAACAGGAUAUGGGACAUGGGACCGAGGACUCUUGUUUUGAUCCAGCAGGGCUCUUCGUAUGUUACUGAGUCCAAUAAGUAAUUUAACAUUUUGUCUACUUUUGUCCAGAGUAUCAAAUGGAAGGGACUGGUUGACGAGGAGAUGAACUAGAGUGCCCUGUAUCUAAUAUGAAUUAAUGGAAUUUCAAGCUGCGUAUCAAAGCCUUAGUGUUGUUAAGACAAGUUUAAGAUAAGGGCCUGUAUUGUAGUUACAGGGGAGGAAAGCCUAACUUGGGUUGACUCCCAGACAUUUUUGCACAUUCUGGGACAUUGGUAUGCACUUGUAGCCACUGACUUUUUAUUAUGGUUCCUGUUGGUAUACCAGGAAUUAAAACCAGCCUGCACUGGGCAUGCAUGACUGACUCAGCGCAUACUAGAACAGGUGGAAGUCAGUGUGACCAAAGCUUUUCCCACAGCUGCAUACAGUGCCUUAGUGAUGAGAAUAAAUCCUGAUGUGACAGUCCCUGAUAACGACAGGCCUGGUCUCACCAAGGCUGCCAAAACUCCAUAAUUUUGCUUUGUUUCCAAUAAGGUCUUCAGCAAUAACCCUUCAGUUGCAGGAAAUUCUGCUGUUCUCAGAGCCUUUGUAAUAUUUUAAAGAUGACAGAAUUCUCAAGAUAGUAAUCAACUCCAUGAAAAUAUGUAGGAAUUUUGGCUUGCUUAAGAGCUUCUGCUUUUGCUUGCUGCAUUUCAAAGCCACACAUUUCCGCAGGGUGCUCAAGCACAUUUUUUUAGAUUAUUAAUAAGAUGUGAAUGUAGUAAAAUGGUUAGCGUAAUCUGCAUUGUUCCCUUAAUCAUUCAUGAUGCCACUAUGACUGGCAGCUUAGCAGAAAGAACAAAUAUAACUGUUGGCUGAUUUUGCUAACCCUGCUAUCUGACUAAAUUGUCUGGUGAAUUAACUCUUCCCCUUUUAUUGAGCAAACUGCAUGUGUGAUUUCAGCAAUACAAAAUCAACUUUGCACAGACUCUUUAGGAAGUACCUCCUGCAGACUUGAAUGCCUUGCAUUCCCACUGCAUAUUAAGAAGGACACACAGCAUUUUUAAAUGACUGGUAACCUAUUUUUGAAUAUUGACUAGAUUUAGAAAUUCUGCCUCUGUUCCAUUGCCAGCUAGACCUUUCAAGUCAUUCUUCGAAUGGACUUCGUGGAUUAUGGCUUGAAUACAGCAAAGUUGUCCUUUUUGCACAAGGACUCCUGCUUGCUCAAUGAAACUUUCCUUCCCUCUCCUCUCCCUAUGUGCCCCCCUAAAUAUGCUCUGGAAGCUUGGGGGAAACUCAGAACAGAUUUUGGGGAGCUCAGAGGGAUGACAGGCAUGGGAGAUACCAUCGUACAUGUGCGUAUCCUUGUGUGAAUGGGAUUACUUUCUUUGAUACAACCCAAACUAUUUAUCUACUUCUCACAGAAACGAUAGAUAAAAAUAUUAGUACAGUGGUACCUCGGGUUACAUACGCUUCAGGUUACAUACGCUUCAGGUUACAGACUCCGCUAACCCAGAAAUAGUGCUUCAGGUUAAGAACUUUGCUUCAGGAUGAGAACAGAAAUCGUGCUCCGGUGGCGCAGCAGCAGCAGGAGGCCCCAUUAGCUAAAGUGGUGCUUCAGGUUAAGAACAGUUUCAGGUUAAGUACAGACCUCCGGAACGAAUUAAGUACUUAACCCGAGGUACCACUGUAGUUGACUUGUUGCGUCAGAGCCAUGACAAUUGAAGAGAGAGAGAAGAAAGGGCUGUGGAAAAAGCACAGUUGGGCAUUGCAUCAGAGAGGCCAGAAAGGGACCUAGAAGGUGCAUACACAAAACUGGCAAUGUCCAGGGCUCCCCAAACCACAAGAGCCCUGACUGAGCACCCAGAGAGCAGCAGGUGAUGGAGGCAGUAGCAGACAGGCCCUGCAUCAGCAUCUCGGCCAACAAGGGCAUGCUGGGACUGUCACUCGCCGCCACCACGGCAUCCUUUCCUUCUUUUAUUUAACAUCCUUUUAUAGUUAGGCAGCAGCCAAGCAUGUCCAUGGUUACAGAUGCUCAUGUUAUUUUUACUUUAAAUAUAUAUUAGUCUUUGUCUACAACAAAAUGGUGCUGAAUCUCAAGUUUAUCAUCAGGGCAGCAGAAGCACAGUACGUUUUUUUUCUAUAGUCAUGAUGCUGCUAAUUAAAUUAGUUCUUUAAAAUGGGAAACGGCACAUGUUCAAAGUACUUCUUUUUUUAUUAGGGCUGGCAAACUACUUUUUGUUUAAUUUUUGCUCUAACAUAACAAGGAUACAAAAGCUCUUGUAAAGCAUGGAAUGGAGAUGGGGGAAGAAGCAAAUGGUGUAAUUGUGUACUGCAGUAACAUAGAGCUAUGUAAACGUGUUUGUGCAAGGUUGCUGAAGACAAUAAAGUCCAGGGUCUAAAUUUACCUAGUUGCACUGGUGAUUUGCAAGGGCAGGUGCCAGAAGAAAUUUAGAAGGGGGAUUUCAAGCUCAGAGUUUGCACUGCUUAUGUAGCAGGCAACUUUACACCUGAAUUUGCAGCCCUGUAUUUUGAUUCUUUCAGAUUCAAACGGUCACCAAGAAAGUGCUUGUCCCUCAAGAGAUCGAUGAACCAGCCAAUGCAACAGACUCCAUCUUUGACAUGUUGAAUGAAACAGAAGUGACGCCAGAGCCUCAGCUAAUCAUUAAGAAAGGCCUCGAAUUUAAGGAUGGCAUGAAUGUCUUAGGUAUGGAAACACUGUGUGCUUCACGGUUAUUAUUGUAGCAAUAUUGUGCAUUGUUUUGAAUAUAUUGCUAUCUUGUCAUAACCCACCCUGGGACCUUAAGGUAAGAAGGCUAACUAAAUGAUUAAAUGUUUUAAUGCAUUCAUAUUAUAUAUGCUGUAAAAUGCCUUCAGACUUUUUAAUUUAAAAUAUAUGUAAAGCAAUAUUCAAGUCCAAUAAAUCAUAUCACAUAUCCUUUACAUAUACUCACAUUUACAUAUUCAUUUUUGCAUAUCCUCCUCUGUUUAUCUGUAUGGUGGCAGGAGAAUCCAAAUCUGUUCAGGAAAAUAGAACUGCCAAUCAUUGAGCAUUUACACACAUAUACAGAUGAAUGGUUCAUUUGGUCAUCGUGACAAUCUUUUAUAUUAUGAUAGAUUUGUUAGGAGAUAAAAUAAGAACAGUACAUGCUUGAACUUUCCUAGGAACACUGUUCUUCCUAGCAUAGGGCAGGACUGAUGGGACUUAUAGACCAAAACACCCGAAGAAACCAAGUCAUCAUAUAACAGGUUACAGCAAGAUAUUAAUAGCAGUGGGUUGUAUCACAUGCAUCACUUGUGCAAGGGAAAUUUGCCAUUAUCUUUUCCCCACUCUGUUCCUUGUGCUCUCCCCCCCCCCCCCCCCGAAGCUUCUCCUGAGAGGGCCCUUCCAGACCGGUGUUUUACUGGGGGUGUAUUCUGCAACAUGUUCAUGACACAAAAAUAGUCUGAGCUGACUUGAAGCCUGAUUUAGUAAGGUUUAUUUAUUUAUUUAUAUUUAAAUUAAUUAAUAAGAUUGCAGGAGUCUGGGUGCUUCGUUUUGACAGAGCCUCAGUAGCGUUUAAUAUUUUAGCAUUCUUUCAACAGGACUCAUUGGGUUCUUCAUUGCUUUUGGUAUUGCAAUGGGCAAGAUGGGAGAACAAGCCAAGAUGAUGGUGGAUUUCUUCAAUAUCUUGAACGAGAUUGUAAUGAAGUUGGUGACCAUGAUUAUGUGGUGAGUCAAAGUCAUCAUCUGCCAAGACACGCUAAAUCCAGUUGUAUUCUGGACAUCAUUUUGUAGCUUUUCUGUAAUUUCUGCAUGACCUACCUCACUAUAUUUGUCUGAAGCUACAGCAAUUAUUUCGAUUGUUUGCUUUUCAAAGUUGUAUCCUGCCCUUAGCCCACAAAGCUCAGAAUGGCAUAAACAGCAGUCCCCGUCCCCCCCAACAGCUAGGCAGCCGGAACAGAAUGUGUGAGGUUGGACCAAACUCAACCUGGGGAGUUAAUGGGAUGCUGAGAGAUUUGAGCUGAGGUCUCGUCAGUUCAAGUUCAGAAGUGCCACACCACACCUCAUUUGGUCAGCGAAUCAAAUGAGGCUGUUGCUAUGUUUUUGCAUAUUUAAUUUACUGCGGAUGCUCAGGGCUUUCUUCUAUCAGAACACACUAGAUUGGCCCCAGAAGAACUUGAUCUUCGCACAGCCACUGUCCUUGCAUCACUGCUGGGACUGAUUCCUAAUUCAAUGUAUCAACAGAAGGCUUACCUUCAACCCAUGACUCUUGUUCAUUUGCAUAGAAGAGAACAUUUAGUCUAUGGAGACGCAUUCCUUUAUUUCAUAUCCAAAGGGACAUUCUUUCCUAUUAUUUAUGGCUACUCUCUUAGGAAAAGAUCCACCCCCUCCAGCAGCUUUGGUGAUUUAUGAAACUCUUGUGAACACCAUAAUGACAUAAAACAAAAUUGGGCAUCUGCUAAGGAUGUUUCGUAACCCUUAUUUAAGGAUUAUCCUCAGUGACCAUUUCAGGAAGCAGACUGCCUGGCACCUGAGAAAACUGUGCAAAAUGGGGAUUGUGCGAAGCUUAUAGAAGCUUCUGAUUGAUUUGCUGCUUCUGGGCAAUGCUUGGAUGGUUCAUGAGAAGGUCAGAUGAAGAGCAGACAUUCCUUUUUCUAAAGAGCCCAGUUCCAGUUUUGCUUCCUAAAUCUAUCUCUCUAUAAAAAAGUAAGUUUCACAUUGCAAAAAAAAGAAAGUUAAUAUAGAGCAUAAGAGUGGAGAUUCCUUUAAGCCACCUGCUGCUCAGCAAAAUUAAUCAUCAUCAACAAUAAAUAAAGCUCUCUGACACAGUAACCCUUGUUGGUGGGUAGGCACCAGAAAUUGCUUGGGAGCCUGGAUAUAGCCCACAGGACAUGGGGUAGCCACUCCUGCUUCAAGGCCAUUGUUGAAACCUUCAUCUCUGUUCCUGUCUGCAUGGAAUCCCAGCUGGAAGCUUCUCAGUAGCUUGAGUCCUGGUUAUGGGCAGGGCCAGUGAGUCUCUUUGUGGGAGGUCUGGCAAGCCACCCAUUCACUAAGUGGUGUCAUUAUGAACUGCUGGAAGGGAUGGAUCAUAGGAAAGAAAACAACCAAACAAAAGGCUUGCUUCUACGAUAUUAUCAGCAUGUAUUAGGUUUCUCAGCAAGCAAGGUUUCGGCUGGUCUGCAAAACAUUUUAAUGUCUGGGCACAAGCAAUGUACUGGCACAAGCAAUGAAAAGCUCAGAUGAGUCAGUUAACCAUCCUAACUGCCUGGCAAAAGCCACCACCAGACUUUUAGGAAUUGUAAGGGAGUGGCUUUCUCUGGUCCAAUAAAUUAUCAGGGCUCCAAUAAUACAGUACUGCUUCUGUCGUAGCCUCUCUCACAGUGCUUAUCUAUUAGGGGUGGAUAAUUUCCCCCCCUUCUAUCAAGAGCCCUUGACACACAGAAUAAAUCAAGUACUGCUACCAGCACCCCCUGCACACAAAGGGGGAAAUGCAUCUGUCCUGUCUCAAAAGGGCUUUAAAAUUUGGCAGUUUGUGCUGACAGAAAGCCAACCUAUUUGCACUUUCACCUCUGAAGGCACAGAUCAGUUUUCAAACAUGCCAAUCCUCAGGCAGAAGAGCUUUGAAGAUGCUCCGGUGGCUGAGAGUCACCCCCAUCUGCUUCUUCAAAGGUAAAAAUGGAUCUGGUCUCCUAUCAGCCAGCCACUUUCAAAGCUGUCCUCAAGACUGUGGACUGAAUCCAGCCAACAGGAUAGUGCUCUUUCAGUCAGUUUCUGCAGCAUAGGGCCAUGCAGCCCCUGGUCCCAUCAUUCAAUAGUGGGGGUAUUUGGGGCUGAAAGGUUUUCCAUCAAAAGGUGGUAAUUUCAAGCUACAUUGUAUAGCUUUAUCAAUUGCCUUUAUGAUGCCAUUUCUGUUUUGAGACACAGACUUCUGCAACUGCAUUCUUGUUUAAUGCCGCGUUUUCUUCUAGGUACUCGCCACUGGGCAUUGCCUGCCUCAUCUGUGGAAAAAUCAUUGCAAUCAAGGACCUGGAAGUAGUUGCUAGGCAACUUGGAAUGUACAUGGUAACUGUGAUCAUAGGCCUUAUCAUCCAUGGAGGGAUCUUCUUGCCUUUGCUGUACUUCGUGGUAACAAGGAAAAAUCCCUUCUCAUUCUUUGUGGGAAUCUUUCAGGCAUGGAUUACUGCGCUAGGCACUGCUUCGAGGUAUUUGAUAUGAAAUGCAGAGUUAGCAACACGUUCAGGGCCAUUAUAAAUACUUUGCUAACAAGACUUACUCAGCUGAAUGUGCAAACACUUAUUGUGCGGAUUAGCAAUACCUGUGAGCUGAUCAAUUAACCUAAAAAUGAAGAAAAGGUGUAAACUGGAUUUCAUGUGCCCAAAAACUCAAACCUGGUUCAUAGCAUUAACUGCUGUGAUUCCAGCUACUUGGUUCAGAUGACAUCUGUUCCCUCAGGGAUUGCCUGCAGGAAUUGGGGGCUGGGUGAAAGUCUUCUCCAGGGCUGGCCUAGACCAUAUAAUGCUGCAAUGGAAGUAUCAUUUUCAGGGCUUUUUUUCCAGCCCUGAACUGAGUUCUGGAACCCCUCAGGUGGUGCCAUUGCCACUCUAAGAGAAUGAGGGAGGUGUUCAUGGUGAGUUCUGGCACCUCUUUUUCUAGAAAAAAUAGCACUGGUCAUUUUACUAUAUGACAUCUAAAUGCCUUGUUAGUCCAUUCACAACUUGGAUGGACAAUUUGUAUGAUGAGGGAUUCAUCUCAUAUAAGAUUACAAAGGUGCAUGGAGAUCAUUCAUGACAGAAAUCCUUCCAUAAGCCCAGCACCCCAGGCCUAGAUCACCUGCCCUAAAUCCAGUCCUGGACUUGUCUUUAGCACCAAUAACUGCUGGGGCUUUUCUAGUUUUCCUCUUCAGAAGUCUGAGAUCUCUCUCCAAUCAGGCAAGGCUUUCCACUUUGACUUUUAGUCAUGAUCUUCUCUGCUUUUCCAGCAGAACUUUCUCAGGUUUCAGACAUAUGCCCCCACCCCCUACUACAGCUAACAGGAAGCUGUCAUCUCCCUCUCUUCCCAAGGCACUUCUGCCAACUGACCUUUCCUUCGCUGAGUUCUUUAGUCCCUAUGACAACCAGGAGUAGUUAUGUUAUUAGAAAUCAUAUCAGAGUUUUUUAAAAUAUUGUACAAUAGCAUGCAUUGGGGGAGGGAUUUUCUUCUGAACAUGGGGGAGUGAGGUUUAAUUCUUUCCUCCCCAGCUGCAUUCCCAACAAAAAAUUGUCCUGCAACUAAAGAUUGUCAUUCCCAACAAAAUCGUCCUGCAACUUAAAAACUAAAGACCUUAUUGGAGCCAAAGUGAGAUUUUACUUUGUGGCUCAUUGCCAUAUGCGAGGGGUACGUUUUUUGUUGGAAUUGUAACUAAGGAGGUAAGGGUUCCUGUGCUUCAGAUGAAAUAUUCCAUCAUGCCUGCUAUCAAUUUUGGGUUGUUUAAAUAAAUUAUCUGCCUUGGUUUCUAAUGGCACAUGUUGUCACAUCUGGUUUUACCCUCAUUCAACAACUGUCAAAAUAUAUACAUCUACAGGGGCAUGCACAAGCUUUGAUCAAAACACUGUGCAUAAGCAGUUUUACAACCAUAGAAUUUACAUGCUUACAUCAGUUCCAGGACGGAAGAGGCAGACGUUGAACUGUGGACAGACAGAGACCUGAUGAAUGUGUGUGUAAGAUGCCUGGUUGCUCCCCCAGAGUGUCAAUAGAGCUAUCUGUCCCAGGAAGUCUGAAUUUUACCUAUAACCUUUCAUUUUGCUUUCUCCUUCAGUGCUGGUACACUGCCUGUUACCUUUCGCUGCCUUGAAGAAAACUUGGGCAUUGAUAAGCGUGUGACAAGAUUUGUCUUGCCUGUCGGGGCUACUAUUAACAUGGAUGGGACUGCCCUGUAUGAAGCUGUGGCAGCUAUCUUCAUAGCACAGAUGAAUGGAAUUGUGCUGGAUGGCGGACAGAUAGUCACUGUCAGGUGGGUUUCUUGCCCUACACUGGAGAUGGUGAAAACAUGAACAUUACAGACCUUGCCUAUUGCAAAGCAGUUUAAAGUUGUGAGCCUCCAUUGUAAUAAACAGUGAAAAGCCUUGGCUGCUUUUGCCAGUUCCCAAGUAGAGCAUCACGUAUUGCAGCCUACAUGGGAAUUACACAGUUUUCUACAUGAAGUAAUUUCUGUGUAGGGAUUUGUAAGACAUGAAAGCAGACCUUGAUUUCUGUCUAUAACCUGGUUUCAGAGGCAGUGUUAAUGUGUUGUGUAGAGAUUUUCAUUGUACUUGAUUAUAAAUAAUGGAAAAUAAAUAUACUCAAGUUAGCAUGAGUUAAAUGAAUCACAUAUUGCUUUAAUCAAAAAUCAUUAAAUAAGAGUGCUUAUGGAAAACAAAUGAUUUUUUUUUUUUUUGCAAAAUCAAAAGUUUAAUAAAACUAAACUCAGUCAAAAUCUUCUAAAUUACAAUAUUAGAGGCUGCACUGAAAUAACAGGGAAUGUGUUCCUACAGAAGUUGGAGUGAUCAAGCAGUUCCCAUAUUUGUAAGAGAAACACUAACUAAAAGAAGGCCCAGCUAAACAAGUGGAUGUGUUUAAUUUCACAGUCUGACAGCUACGCUUGCAAGUGUUGGAGCUGCGAGUAUACCCAGUGCAGGACUGGUGACCAUGCUUCUCAUCCUCACCGCAGUGGGCCUUCCCACACAGGACAUCAGCUUACUUGUUGCUGUCGAUUGGCUUUUGUAAGUAACAUUAAAGAAACUUGUCACCUUUCUCCAGACAGUGAUGUUGUGGCUUAACUACCCACUCAGGUGUAAACUCCUUCAUGAUCAAUAAUGCUUGCUACAAGAAGCACUCCUGCAUGUGCAGCAGCUGACCAAUGUUUAUGCAACAAAGCAUUUAAAGGAAUGCAUUGUUUCUGAUACCCAACUGGAGCGGAGCAGAAAUCGGCAAGCAUUGUUUGCAGACAGUUGGAGGAUGUUAACUUAAAGCAUGUGGUUGUUUGCUGUUUCAAGGAAAUGUCAUUGAAGUAAAAACAUUUCACUUGAUGGAGAAGUCCUGCCUCCUGAAUGGACAAAGCCAUAAUUCAGCUGCAGAGGCAAGGUGUUAGCGAGGGGGUAGGGCUAAGGGCUUACCAUUGUGUUUCUGAUCAUUCUCAUGUAGUAAAAAAUCCCUGUCCCCUGAAGUAAGCCCUGUGGCGAAUUGUGCUGCUGACAUUUGCUUCUUUAGAAAAGGUCAGAUUGAGCAAGACAAUAUCAUGGCAGCGCAAAGGAAAAGGAGCUCAAACCUUCCAUAGUGGAAUUAAUGCCAUAGAGGAAUUGAUGGGAGUAUCUGGGCUUUUCACAGCACAGUCCUAGGCAUCUCCUGAGAAAUAAUUGAGAGAUUUCACACUGAUUCACACAAUCUUCCCUAGGCCUUCUUUCAAAUUAGUUUCACUUUACUAUGCGUUUGUGUGUGUUAAGAGUGCACUGUACAAAAUACUCAAUAAAAUACUGUUAGAAAUAAUUGCAGCUUUAUAGUAUGGUCAUGUAAUAUACAGACCUUCCUCUCUUCUUUUUCUUGUAAAGGCUAUUUCACCCUAAAAAUAAUUCUUAUGAGACAGGUCUUCUGUGCACCGGUUUUAAACGUGAAGUGGCCCAUGAUUAGUCUACUUAGAUCAGGGGCGCCCCAACUUUUUUCAAAGAGGACCAGAUUUGAUGUGAAGGCCGACCAAGUGUGAGGGCCGACCAAAGUUGUUGAGCUUUUUUGUGAAUUGAAAUUGAAAUUGAAAUGAAAUUGUAUUGAAAUUGAAUUUUUUGUGUGAAAUUAAAUUGAAUUGAAAUUACAAUUUUACCCCAAAGUUCUUAAGCUUUUUUGAGGAUUGAAGUUUACCCCAAAGUUGUUGAGCUUUUUCUUAGAUUUUACCCCAGGGCAUUUACUGCCAUGGGGGCUGGAUUAAAUCGACUGGCAGGCUGGAUUAGACCGCCGAAACAGAAAAAAGAGAGAAGAAAGAGUAAGAACAUGUCCCCAGUAAGAGUAUUGCUGUUAUGCAUGUUAUGUCUAGAUUGCAGGUAGUCUGGAUUCCAGUAGAUCUUCCCAUUGGUGCUGGUGGGGCAGCUUGAAAUACUUUCCCAAAGGACUAUUGUAUCUAGCAAUUAUAUCAGUGCACCUUGUAAGUCUGUUACAGUUACUGAAUAAAGCAGAAAUAUAUUUUAUUGUUGAGAAGCACUCAAGCAAACCUCUUACAAGUCCUGAGGUAUAAAAUAUGUCUGGGGUUUUUUAAGUACUUUUGGUAUGAGCUAAAUAGACUGACAUGAUGAAAUCUGGGAAGAAGGGAAAAAACAUGAAAAAAAAACAUACAAGGGUAGUCAUUCUUCAUUAUGAAAACUGAAAUAUUAAGAAACCAGGUCAUUCACUUAAAAUUUAUCAGGAGUAAACCUUCUCCAAUUUAUUAUACUGUGUCAAUCUUGAUUCAAAAUUCCUGUAAUACUGGGUUGCAAACUCCAUCUUUAAAAUUGUAUAAAAUAUGCUAGAUAUUAUUUUAUUUCUUUUGCUCUGUUUAGUGUAGGGAAGAUAUAUACAGACUUCACAAGGAAAUCUUUUUUUAAGUGUUCUGAUCUCCUGCUGUUCCUCCACUCCAAAGUGAACAAAAAUGGCAUUUUAAAGAACAUUGUUAUUUGUCCACAGCUGGAAUUAAUCCAGAGUCAUUAGUGGUAGCCAAGAACUGCAAGUUUCCAAAGGGGAAAUUGACAAGCUUAGCAAAUGUCACGGAAAGGUCUCCAGCACAGAGAUGCUAUGCCCAAAGAAAUGGAGAAUUAGAAAGGGCCUUCUUGUGUAAAUGGUUCAUGUUCAGCUUCUAAAAUGCUUGCUGAAAUGUAGAGCUACCACUGCAAAUUUAGCGUGAACACCUGAUUUUUCUUCCCUUUUAGCAUUCUGUGGAACCAAGCCAAAAAACCCAUGAUUUAUGUCUGAAAAACGCCUGGGGGAAUCACAUUUUAAGUUUUAGUACUUAGGCCUGGUGCUAAAUAAUAAAUUGAGAAACAAUGAGGGCCUAUGUAAAUGAAAUGGACAUACCAUGAAGGUUGUCUGAAAUUACUUUCUAUGGUAGCUUUCUCCACAUAGGAAGGUUUCAGUAUGCAGUGCAGCACCUCACAGAAGGGGCAUGUUUCUCCAUCUCACUGCAAACUUACAAAAUGAUUGUUGUGGAUUGAAGAAAACCACCUGAUUGGCACAAUGACUGGCUGCCAUGAUACACAGAUACAGUCAUCAUGGGAAGCAGUUGAAUUAAAGGUUCUCUGACCCCUAUUAAAACUGGGCUGGUAGUAAGUGAACCACCACACCUACAGAUGCCAGGCUUGUUUGGGGCAAGUGUUUCACAAUGUAUACUUCAUAUCCACACAUCAUGAUAAGGAUGGGUGCUGCAAGUGGAUUGUUUCAUGCAAUCUAACUGAAAUUUAUAACUGACCUGCUGCUGAACGCUAUUUUGGCACCUGUUUAUAGAAGGUUCGGCAUUGGUCAUCUACCUGUUUUUUUUCAGUAGGACAAAAUCUACAGUCAUGUCACUAUUUGAUUACAUAGAUGAACCUGUAAAAGAAAAAGAGUUGCCACAUUUUUUUCACUUCAUGAUUGGAUUUCUCUGUACAAAAUGAGCAUGUGCAGCUUCUCAAAAAUCCCAAGAGACUGUGGGAACUACCCAGUUUUUCCUUUGCAGCAUCAGGGUGAUGCAAAUUACGAGAUCUCUUGACUAUAAUUCUUUUUCAAAUGUUCAAAAGAACAUAAAGCUAGUAAAGGUUAAAGGAACCACUUUAGGUGUAAGAUAUGACACUCAGGUCUACUUUAACAUCCUGCUGGUGCUUUGCUUUUGCAGAGAUCGAAUGAGAACCUCUGUCAAUGUUGUGGGAGAUUCCUUUGGAGCUGGCAUUGUCUAUCACCUCUCCAAGGCAGAGUUGGAAAACAUUGAUGCCCAUCACAAAGGACACGAAGAUAUUGAAAUGACCAAGACACAGUCCAUUUAUGAUGACAUGAAAAACCACAGGGAAAACAACUCAAACCAGUGUGUUUAUACAGCCCACAACUCUGUCAUAAUAGAUGAGUGCAAGGUACCUUUCACAUUUAUGGAUAUUGAGACUUGCAUCUAGUCAAUCAUACCUCAUCUUCCUUUGUUUUUUAACCUGCAUGUAUUUUUUAAAAAAUGUAUCACUAAUAAUGGGACAAUGCUGCAUGCUAUGUUGAUCAGUUUAAAGACGUGAGUACAUAUAUUGUUUGCUUUCUUUGAGUAUUUAAAUUGCUAAUGCAUGCCAUGUUUACAAAUAACAUUGUGUUCUACAGGGUGUUUUGGAAGGCAGUGCAAUGCAAUGGGGGAAUAUUGUCCAGUUAAGCAUUCUUAUAGCUUUACAUUACAAGAAAGGUUGCAAAUCCAGUUAAUAAGGCCUAUAGAUAAAUAGGAGAAUUGAUGUUGUGGCAAUGAGAACAGUUAAAACUGCCUAAAAACAAAAAACAAAAAAAAAUCUCCAGCAUUUUCUCCUCCAGGUUAGAGCAAUUCUGUUGCCUUUGUGUGUUUGGAGAAUCCAUGAUGGACCAGCUACCACAUUUAAAGCCCUGCUGAGUAGCUAUAGCCUGAACAGGAGGCUUUUCCUCUCUGUUGGCAUCUUCUGUUUCUUUCCCUCCCCUCUCAUGGACCGCAGGUGGGGAAGGGGGUCAACAACACCAAUUCCAGGGGUGACAUAGUUUGGGGGCUUUUGGGGGAGUGUGUCAGGGGAACGAGGGGACUUGAAAUCCUGUAGGUCCAUGACCUCCCCCAACAUGCCUCCUGAACUCCAUGAUUCAGACCACACCACCGGUGGAACACCACUGACAGGCCAUACCAGAGGAUCUCCAGCAUCGUAAGUGUCAUUCUGCUGGAGGCCUUCUCUUUCCACUGGUGGAAUGGCACUUCCUCCACUCUUCUCAUCCCUCGGCCAACCAAAUGUGAUUUUGGCCUUUUAAAUGAUAUUUAAAAGUGACAGUUCAGAGCGCAAGAUAGUUAACUGUUUGGAAACAGAAGUUCAGUCAAAUCCAGAGAUUUUUCUUGUGCAUCCCACAGGGAGGAGCAGAAGCAACACAAAAGUCAUUUGUUUCAGUGGGUUAUGUUCCAGGAGCCUGCCAUUUUCCCGAGUAGAAAAAGGCAGAAAUUGGAAGCACACUUCCUUACUUCUUUUGAAAUCAACGGCAGAUACUUCCAAGUGAACAUAAUUAAGAUCAGGCUGUAAGGAACCUGGAGGAGAAAAUAUGAAGCUGUUUCUAUUUAUAUACAGUUAGGGGGAGCAAAGAUAAGCACAAGAAAGAAGCACAUUCUCAUGCUUCCCCUGACACCCAAAUAAAUGCAAAGCCUGUCCUUUUGUGGAUCGAUGCUUUCCAUGACACACUGUAGAGACACAUGCACUGUACCUCAUCCUCAGCAACUGAGAGCUCUUGUGCUCGCCAUAAUAUUUAUGCUUUAUUUUCAUUUUCAUUGUGGGCCAUUCCAAUGCCAUUUUUGUGAUUUCUGUCUAUUGCUGUUUGUAAAUUACUUGGUUCAAGAAGAGAUUAUAACAAGAAUUGACCUGACCAAGAGUUACAUGAACUUGAGGAAACUCCAUGGCUGAAUGAGAAACUAAUUUGGAUGCUUUGCAUCUUGCUUCAAACUCAUCCUUGUGGACGCAUCACUGUUGUUUAGCAUGAUGUCUGAAUGCAGCCAUUGGCGAGACUGGGCCUGGCUGGAGAAUUGAACUGAACAAACGUUUUUCUUUAGGUAGAUCUACAGUUUUCCCUAAUGUGCUGUCAUUAAAGGAUUUCCAUAGCCAUUUCAGAUUUUGAUUAAUGUUUCAGCUGGAUAGUCAUCAAGCUCACUUACUUGAUACUGAUAUUUCUAAGUCCCAGUAGGGAGAACAGAGGAGAGAAACCAUUGAUGGCUGCGUACAACAUCAGGUUUCUAAAAUCACACAAGUAAUUUAAAAAUAACAAAGCUUUGCCUGUAACUAAAAACAAUCUGACAGAAAGGCUUUAUAAAUAUGCCAGUUCUAAAGAAAGGCACCAUUGCUCUGACAUUAUGCCUAGGACCUGAGUUUAUUUCUCUGAAGUAGGCAUCUACUGUUUUAAACAUUUCUCAGAUCACAUAGUUAUGUAUAAUAAUAAAGUGUAGAAGAACCCCAUGGUUAAAAAAUUGAGCCCCUUUGAGUUAAGCACAUAGUUCAGUCAUGCUCAUUUAAAUACUGCAUAUUGAAAAUCUGGACAGAAAUGUUGUUGAGCCUUUUUAAAAUUAUUAUUUUAAGUUUCGACCAAACUUUUUGAGUCUUUUUGCAUGCAAAGUCUUAACAAACAUCGCCGAAAACGACAAUGCCAACAGGGGUUGCCAUAUGUCCGGAUUUCCACAGACAUUUCAGCGAUUCCUGCCCAGACUCAGUUUCCAACUGCUGAUUGCCAGCUAUGUACAGGAAAUUCCAGAUGCAUGGCAACCCUAUUAAAUUUGUCUGGAUUAUUCUUGAUAAUUUUAAAAAAUUACAAGCAGCGCAGAAAAGUAUGUGAAUGAAAUUGUAGAAAAUGCCCUGCAAGAGAAAAGUUUGCUGCAACUCUGGUCAGUGGUUGUUGUUGUUUCUUUGUCUCAAGUAUUAAUAUAAUGACAUGUCAUUUCUACUUAAUAUUCUAAACAUCUUCCUAGUUUGAUUGCUUUGCACAGCUAAUAUAUGCUUUAUUAGCAAGCUAUGUCGAUUGUUGUUGCAUGGGCUGUUUUUCUGUAUUAUUAUUUUUUAAAAUCACAAUUCACAUUACUUCCUUGCAAACUAACCUAUAAUUUCAGUUCCAAAUAUGUGGUGUAUUCUGUUCUUUAUAAUGCAUGUGUUUCCCUUUUAAUUAUCUAAGAAAGAGGCUGGCUUUGUUUCAAACAUGGGUACAUUGUCAUGAUUUCAUGUCCCAAUGCUCCCAUGCGUCCAGUUUGCCCAUCAUGUGGAAUAUCAGUCCUGUCUUUAAGUUUUCAUGCGAAGCUGAGGACAGUAACAUGAAAGGUAAGCUAGGAAAUAAUGGGGUUUUGUUUAGAAUUAGAUGAAAGACUCCCUUACUAUGUAAAGGUCCAGUUCAUUUCUGCCCAGUCAAACAAGCACAUUGGCCAUUUUGGCUUAUCUAGCCAUGCAUAGCACAUCUCCACUGGGGAAAAAAGAUGGUGCUUGGCUGGCUGUGGGGUUGUUGUUUUUUUCCUUUAGAAAAAAUAUUGACUGCUGAGAUGUUGCUUACAAGCCAGUAUUUCCCAUGGAAUGAUUUACCAUUCUUGGUCUUCCACAAUUGUUAUCAAGUUAACAUUGAAGUGUGAACCUUUAGCUGAGACUCUGAUAUGGCUGUUUGUGGUUUUGUAUGUAAAAUGCAGCCUUGUUAAGUAUGGUUUGACUCAGUUGUAACUGCACCUUCAACAUUACACGAUCGGACACAGUAGUGAACAGUGAUGUUUCCCAGCAGGUCCUUGUGGAGGAUCAAUUCUGCCGUUUACUAUUUAGCUUUUUGUAACAUAUGUGCAUAUGUAUGUGUGUAUGAUUCACAUAUGUAUGUGUAUCUCUGUGCACAUCAGGCCUAUAGACCUGAUUUCUCAACAUUCUGCUUUGCGGACAGAGCACUAUUGUAAUUUUGAGUUCUUCCUGCAGAUUGAGAAACAUUGAAAGGGCAGAACUGAUUCAGUACAAAAUAAAAACACGUAUGUAUAUUUUCACACAUAGAUUUAAUGUAAAUCUUGUAAAUAUUCAGUUUUGCUGUUUAAUUCUUGACAUUUCUCGCAAAAGUGCCUUGAUCUUUAAGUUAGGUGUUGAUGACAAUUAUUUACAGGUCACCCUGGCAACAAACGGCAAAUCUGCAGACUUCAAUGCUGUUGAAGAAGAACCUUGGAAACAUGAGAAAUAAGGAAGGAAUAAUCCUGGUCCACCUCUAAUAAGCC